UUGUGUUUUGGAUUAUAAUAUGAAAAAGUAGUGUUUUCGUGGUGUUUGAUUUAGUUCCUCUAAGGACCAACAACAAUAGCAGCAAGAGAUACGGUGGCGAUGGAUAACUGCCUUUUGUGGAUUAUGAGUAACAAUUUGAAAAAGGGCUGAGUAGUAGGAAGACUUUAUUAUCAUAAACUGUUAUUGAAGAUGAAGCGAUAUUGACUUUUCAAGGGGACUUUUUUAGUGUGUUUGUUCCUUUUCUUUAAUCUCAACACUAGUACACGAAUCUAUAAGCUGCCAUCGCUUAGUGUGUGGAUGAUUUCAAUAAUGGUCGAUAACAUACCUAUACAAAUAUUUUAGCGCAUGAUUCCGAAAACUGAUACAGACAUAAUGUUGAAACUUCUUAUUACUUUUCGGAUGUUUUCUUUGAUCACUUUUGUAUCGCCGGAAGUGAGUCUCAAUUGCACGUCUUACCCGUGCAAUUCUUCAUCAUCUUCGACUAUGUCAUUUGGACCAAGUCCAACAGCUACUUAUUUGAUGCCAACUGAAUCAAACUUUGAAACACAGCUUUCUGUAGCAAUGACACCUGACACAGUUACAGAUGUAACCAAAGCACCUCAUUCACACCAUUCAGUGACUGGAUUAGUUAUACCCAGUAAAUCAAAAUCGCUAAAGGAAGCGAUUGUACCCAGCGAACAAAGUUCAACCAUUGUAAUUACAGAAAUAACUGAUACCAGUGCACCAAAUUCACGUAAUCCUGAGCGAGAAAUAGCUUCAACUAGUAAAUCUUAUUCUGUUACUGCAAUAUCUGAAACAAGUGAACCUAAUUAUUCGACCGAAAUAUCUGGAUACAGUAAACAAAAUACUACAAUAAUCUUUGAAACAUCUAGUGAACAUAAAUCAAUAGAAGAACGCAUAUUAAGAAGCGAUCAAGGCUCAACAAAUGAAACAAAUCUAACAAGUAAAACUUAUACAACAACGGACCCGAACUUAGAAGGGCAACGUAUUAUAGAACAAUUUUCUAAAAUGCUAUAUAACAACACCGAAUUACAAACAAUUGCAAACCAGCAUAGAGCAGUAUCUGAUUUAACUGCAUUAAAAGGAUCAGCUUCAGUGAACUCAUCGUCAGAUGUUUUAGUACAACACGGACCUUCUCUAAAACUUAAACCAACUUUAUUAUCAGAGGGUAAUCUAGCCGACCAAGAGAGAAAACUAGAAGUUAAACCGAAGGUCGAUGACACUAUAGUUAAUAGUUCAAUACUCAAGGACGUUUUUUCAUCAAAGUCAUUUAACACGUCCAACAAACCUAACUUUACUAGCAAUGCAUUGAUGCACACAUUCCAUGACAAGAAAGUAAAGUCAUCUUUGGAUGACGUGCUGGAACAAAUGAAGAAACUCAAGAAACAGUUUAAGAAGGAAACACCGGUUCAGGUAUCUAACGUAACGUGGCAACUAUUUCUGCCUCCAACCAAGCGCCCCAUUGAACACCCUUUAAGCAAGGCUGUUAUUACUUCCGAAAUGCAAUCUAAUAAUGGAGUUACAUCUUUUCCUGAGGGCCUAGAUCCGCGCUACAAUGCGUGUUCUGCACAGACACCAAUGAAAGAACGGCAAUGUGGGCCACAUGUUUGCGUAUUCGGCACGUGUAAACAGGAAGUGGUGAACCACGGUACCUGGCAGGGGACUAAGAUCGUGUGUGAAUGUGAUAUAGGGGCAAGAGGUCUCGACUGCAGUGAGCGUUGUUGUCUAGACUGCGGGGAAAACGGACGCUGUAACCUGCUGAAGAAUACCGAGGUAUGCGACUGCCGGUCCCGAUACGUGGGCGAGAGGUGCGAGACCCGCCUGCCUGACCCAGUCAGUGUUGUAGAGAAAGAGAACACGUGGUACAUGUGGGUGGUUGGCGCAUGCGUUGGAACUUUCGUCGUGCUCCUUAUUGGAACAGUCGUCAUCCUUUACUACAUGUGGAGACACAGAGUUAUCCUUGUCAUGAAGAUUGUGCACUACUUUCAAGCUUAUGAGGACGACGACGAGAAGAAAUGGGACGCGUUCGUCUCGUACCGGUCCCAUCCGACAGAGGAUGACUUUGUUCUCAACACGCUCUACCCCAAACUGGAGAAAGAACUCGGGUUCACGCUCUGCCUUCACUUCCGGGACUUCGUGCCAGGAGAAACUAUCUCUAACAAUAUCAUUAACGCCGUGGAUGGUUCUAGAAGGACAAUAUUGAUUCUCACACCACGCUAUAUCGAGAGCGAGUUCACGAGAUUCGAGUAUGAGAAGGCCCAACAGGAAAUGCUGAAGCGAAAACACCGAAUCAUCCCGAUUGUCCUCGAAGACAUUUCCGGCCUUUCGUCCACGAUGGACAAGAGCUUGAAAGCUAUUAUUAGUUCAGUGACGUAUUUGGAGUGGCCAAUCGAAAGCGAAUCCAAGAAAAUCGAUAAAUUCUGGAAGCGGUUACAACUUUCGCUUCCCAAGAAGAAGGUCGCGGAUAUUGGCAUGAGUUUGGAUUCAAAUGGAACAACUCUAACUGAUUUCAGUUCUUCUGUUUCAAACAGUGUCGUUUCUAGCUCCAAGCAAUAUUUACCGCCUAUCAACGAAAGCGACUUCUGCAAUUCUGCAAGCACAUUCAGAUGCGACCAAAAAGACGAUACCGGUAAAAACAAUGAGGAUAAUGAAAGUAUCUAUGAGGAGAUAUCUGAGAUUGACCGAAGUAUUUGUGGCCCAAUAAAAUUUGUUAAAAUGUGUGAGGACAAAGAUAAAGACACUGUUCAAAACGUGUACAGUCUUAUUGAAGAUUCGCACAGCGAAUAUGUUGAUAUGUCUGACGAUCUGUACCUGGAAUUCAAACCAGAAGAUCAAAUAGGUGACUUUGUAAGCGAGAUGACUGGAUAUUUUGAGUGUGACGUAUAGUUGCAAGCGACGAAUGUGGGUUUUUGGCCCUAUGGCAGUCAGUGCAUAUUAUAUACAUCGCUGUUCAAAAUCUUAUAGUUACAAUUAAUUUUUCAGCCUUUAAAAACUAGCGGCCUCGCUAAUUAAGAAUUUAACAUAAAAUUAAAAAAUAGAGGGCACUUUAUAAUUCAAAAAGAAAUAACGUGUGAUACUUGCGCCAGUGGUAAAACAAUAUUAUUUAUACACUUAGGAAUAAACUGUUUAUUGCAACACAGUAAGCUGCUGCAUUAUAUAUGUUUACAACAUUACUUUUGAAAUUUGAAAAAUUGUUAUCAGUAAGCCAAAUACAAAUGUUAUAUUUGUACAAACUAUCUUACUCUUACUGGUUAAAGUGUUCACAUAUAAUAAGAUUAUGUUCGAUAUAUUAUCGGUCCUGGUAGAUAUGUAUACACAACAUAAAUCCAUCGCGAAUUAAUUUAGUACAUAAAUGCGAUAAGCCAAUUGUCAAACAUACAUUAUUGGAGAUUUAUAACCAAAUGUAUAAGUUGAGUUGUACUAUCGUUAUAACUGUGCACAAUUGUUUUUAAUUACAUGGAAA